UCUCCUCUAUUCUCUUUCUCUCUGUUUCUCAGUUGUUGAUCAUGGCUAAUGACAAGGGUCUGAUUGUCAGUUUCGGGGAGAUGCUGAUUGACUUCGUCCCCACAGUUUCAGGUGUUUCGCUGGCGGAAGCUCCAGGGUUCUUGAAAGCUCCCGGUGGCGCCCCAGCCAACGUGGCAAUUGCUGUCUCUCGGCUCGGCGGCAAGGCCUCCUUCAUCGGGAAGCUCGGUGACGAUGAGUUUGGGCAUAUGCUGGCCGGAAUCUUAAAGGAGAACAACGUGUCCGGAGAAGGCAUCUUGUUCGACCAAGGUGCACGCACUGCUUUGGCCUUUGUGACCCUACGCGCCGACGGUGAGCGCGAGUUCAUGUUCUACCGGAACCCCAGCGCAGACAUGCUGCUCAAUCCCGAAGAGCUCAAUCUGGAGCUGAUUAGAUCAGCCAAAGUGUUCCACUACGGAUCAAUAAGCUUGAUCGUGGAGCCAUGCAGGUCGGCUCAUCUAAAAGCAAUGGAGGUUGCCAAAGAAGCAGGUACCUUGUUGUCCUACGACCCUAAUCUCCGGCUGCCACUGUGGCCCUCACCUGAGGAGGCACGAGAACAAAUCAUGAGUAUAUGGGACAAGGCGGAAGUGAUCAAAGUCAGUGAUGUUGAGCUUCAGUUCCUCACAGGAAACCCUAACAUUGAUGAUGAAUCUGCAUUGAGUCUCUGGCACUCUAACUUGAAGCUCCUCCUUGUCACUCUUGGUGAAAAGGGUUGCAGAUACUACACGAAGAACUUCCGUGGAUCCGUGGAAGCUUUCCAAGUAACUGCGGUGGAUACUACUGGUGCUGGUGAUUCAUUUGUGGGUGCUCUGCUUGCAAAGAUUGUUGAUGACCAAUCUGUUCUUGAAGAUGAGCAGAGGUUGAGGGAAGUACUCAAGUUCGCAAACGCAUGUGGAGCAAUUACGACUACGAAGAAGGGAGCCAUUCCUGCACUCCCCAACGAGUCCGAAGUCCUCGCCCUGAUGAACGCGACAUAG